AUGAUGGAGUCUGGUUGUCGCCACUAUUCGCGCUACGACCCCUUUGACACCAGCAUCAAAGACCUGGAGCAGAUCUUCAACUUCAGAAUACAGCUCUUCGACACCCGCAAAUCGCUUGGGAACGAGCUCGACUCCGACCUCAAUGUGUGGCUUAAAAAGGCCCAUUCCGCGGGCAAAAGCAAGCAUCUCUCUCCGCCAGCUACCGAGUCCUCCAAACGACGGAGGCUCGACACAACAACGACGACGUGCACGUUUCUGGACGACUUCGAGCUUUUCCGGUACAGGGAUGAAAUACAGGAAUUACGGGAGGAAGUCAUUUCCGUACAUUAUCAACAGUACAUCGGGCUCCCGACCAAGCCUGUCUCGCACAAGAAACAUCACGAAGAAUCGAGAAUGGAGCGUGGCUAG